AUGAAUGGAAAGGUACUACAGCAAACUCUGCUCCUAAUUAUCAUCUUUAAAUGUAGAAUACAUUUUAUUUGUGGCAAAAAGGGUGUCUGUGAUGCUUAUGGUGGGACAGUUGUCUGUUGUGAUGGAUAUCGACUUGAAACUAUUAGUUCGGAAUGCAUUGAAUGCAGUCCGGGAUUUUACGCAUUUAACUGCUCUGAGAAAUGUGAGUAUCCAUUGUAUGGUUUCCAGUGCGAAAAGCUAUGCCAAUGUUCUGCGAUGUUUUGUGAUUUUAGGUCAGGAUGUACAUCAAAUAGUUCAGAUAUGACAAGAUUUGACGCUCUGUUGACAAAUGAAAUCUCAACACUUAAUGACAGAAAUAACGGAUGUAGCAUCAAUCAAAUUCGGAUGUUUACAACUAAUUAUAAUCCAUUGACAAAUGCAUUUUUAUUGCAUCGCUGUCUUUUAACUUUGUAUUAAUUAUAAUCCUUGUUCUUUGUCUAUUAAUGAUAAAAAUUGGAUGCCAUCAAAAAAGACUCUCUGAUCAGUUCCGAGAGAAUGGUGAGAGAUACACAAAUUUUUCUGAUGUAAGUCCAAAUGACCAUCACUAUAACACAAUGAAUUUAACAACCACUACUUCCAUUAUUAAUUCUCCUUCUACAAUUACAACAUCGGCGCUAAACUCUGAAUAUGAUGACAUUACUGUGAACAACACAGACUUAGUUAUAGAAAACAGUUUAGAAUUAGAUGAGUGUCUUGAAUUGAAUGAAUGUGAUAAAACGGAAAUUUGUGAAUUAAGAUCUACUUCUCAGGAAGACUUGGACGACCUCUAUCUAA